UCACACCGAAAGCGAUUGGCCUGGCCAUCGCUAUCGCUUGUGGCCCCUUUGUUGUUUACCUUUUGACAUUACCAUUUUGGACGCCACCGCGAAAAUAUACAAAUCAUGAGUGCUGAAAUAUCCGGCUUCCGACGGUUCCUGCACUGGGGACCAAUUACGGCCCUGAGCAUCAUCAAGUGCAUAACGCUGACGACGCUCUACAUGAACUCUAUGUGGUGGCCGCCGAAUGAAUCAUUCGCCGGAUUCGCCCACCAGGCCCUGUUCCUGCUGCUCUCCACCCUGGCCACAUUCAAUUACGUCAUGGCCACGUUGACAGGUCCCGGACUGAUGCCAAAACGGUGGCAGCCCAAGGAUCCCAAGGACGCCGAGUUCCUGCAGUACUGCAAAAAGUGCGAGGGGUACAAGGCCCCACGCUCCCAUCACUGUCGCAAGUGUGACCGCUGCGUCAAGAAGAUGGACCACCACUGCCCAUGGAUCAAUCACUGCGUUGGCUGGGCCAACCACGCAUACUUCACCUACUUCCUGCUCUUCUCCAUCCUGGGCAGCAUGCAGGGCACCGUGGUGCUGUGCUGCUCCUUCUGGCGCGGCAUAUACCGCUACUACUAUCUCACCCAUGGACUGGCGCACCUGGCCAGCGUCCAGUUCACGCUGGCCAGCAUAAUCAUGUGCAUCCUGGGCAUGGGUCUGGCCAUCGGAGUCGUCAUUGGCCUGAGCAUGCUGCUCUUUAUACAGCUGAAGACGAUCGCCACCAACCAGACGGGCAUAGAGAUUUGGAUAGUGGAGAAGGCCAUAUACCGCAGAUAUAGGAAUGCCGACAGCGACGACGAAUUUCUCUAUCCCUACGAUCUGGGCUGGCGCCAAAAUCUGCGACUGGUGUUCAACGAUGAGUGCCAAAAACGAGGCGAUGGCAUCGAAUGGCCAGUUGUGGAGGGCUGUGAUCAGUAUACAUUGACGCGAGAGCAACUAGCGCAAAAGGAGGAGAAACGGGCUCGAACCCGCACUUUCAGAUGCACCAGACCCGUCACUGGUCGCUGGCUGCCCAUUUUCUCGCAGGGAUGGCGGGUCUGCUUGGCCGCUCCCUGCUCCGACGAGCCGCGCAUUAGCCUGCGACCCGACGACGUGAUUAGGGUCACCCGCUUCCGCAACCACUGGCUGUUUGGCGAGCGAGUGCUCUCCGAAAGGGAGCUGGCUGGCGACAAGAAGCGCCAGCGCAAAGGUCACAUUCGCGGCUGGUUCCCCCGUCGCAGCGCCGUCGAGGUCAUCGAGGCGGUCCAGGAGUGCAGUGGCGAUAGCAACAGCGAUGGCCCGGCACCGCCGAAACAGAAUGGCAAUGCCCGCAGUCACCUAAAGCAGCAGCAACGAAACGGACACGCCAAGAAGUACAUGUAGCCCGAAUCGGGCGGAGAUGAACUCACGGCACUCAGUGCCGCUUCCGGCUUGUAAAUAGAUAUAGAUAACGCUUGAGUCUCGACUCUCUCACGCUUUCAGCCAGGCCGCCGUCUCGCUUACUCUGUUACCACUGUCGACCAAUAAAAACAAGCGUAAGUUGAUAUCAGUUCCUGAUGUGAAUCGAAGUUAAUCAAGUUGUGUAUCAGCAGAUGGUCAGCAUUAUCGCUAGCCUCUCUCAGAUAGUCAUUGCAGCAUUUUCUUUUGCGAAAUAAAAAAUGAAUACCA